CGCUGGGAUUCGCUGCACGCGGCUCCUGGAGGGGCCCAGGAGGCUUCUUCCCGGGGCUGGGGUGCUGGACUUGAGCAGGAACUCACUGCCCGCUUCCUCUUGGCGCCAGCUGUGUGCGAUCCCCAGGUCUCCCCCAUCUUCCCCGGGGGGUGUUGAGCACAUAUUCUUGGGAAAUCCCAUGGACAGGGGAGCCUGGUGUGCUGCAGUCCAUGGGAUCACAAGAGUCGGGCAUGACUUAGCGACUAAACAACAACAAUAACCUCUUGGAGUUAUUAAGAGAUGCUCCAGGUGAAGAAAGUGGCAGCACUGAGAACCAAGCUGGAGACGGAUGCUGAGAACAGGAACGGUGUGUGAGGAGUCCUCGCCCUUGCUUCUGACUGUUGCCAGUACCAGGAGCCCAGGCCAUAGGAACGGUGACCAUGGAGGCCCUCCCCAAGGCCCUGGAGGUCGAAGAGAAGUCUCCCGAGUCCAAGGACCUUUUGCCCAGCCAGACGGCCAGCUCCCUGUGCAUCAGCUCCAGAAGCGAGUCCGUCUGGACCGCCACCCCUCGGAGUAACUGGGAAAUCUACCGUAAACCCAUCAUUAUCAUGUCCGUGGGUGGUGCCAUCCUCCUCUUUGGUGUGGUCAUCACCUGUUUGGCCUACACCCUGAACCUGGGCAGUAUGAGCCUCAAGGUCCUGAAGAUGGUGGGGCCUGCCUUCCUGUCUCUGGGACUCAUGAUGCUGGUGUGUGGGCUGGUCUGGGUGCCCAUUAUUAAGAAGAAACAGAAGCAGAGACAGAAGUCAGUGUUCUUCCAGAACCUCAAGUCCUUCUUCCUGAACCGCUGAUGGCAACCUUGCCCUCUGUCCUCCCCACCACCCCGACACCUUGUCCAGGAGAAGGUGUCAUGGCCAAAGUCCAACAUCUUUGGUCUCUUGGGUGGUGGAGUCUGCCAUAAAACUGAUGCAGGCAAACCUUCUUCUGGGCCCCAUGGGAAAAAGCAAGCUCAGGGCUGCACCCUCUGUGUGGCUGGGAGGCACCGCUGGAUGAUCUCAUUUAGUCUUUGUUAUGUCUGACGCUUCCCCCAAGAUCCUGGCCGCAGCCGUUGCCUUCCAUGGCUGUCACCCCGGCCUGUGCAUUCAGGUGUCACUCAUCUAAUGAAUGUGCUCUGCCAAGCGCUAUGCAUGUUGGGAAAUUCCUUGAGAUGGACUAUCCCCCGAGAAGAACCUCCUGCUUACACUUCUGAGUGCCUGAACUGGAUUCUGCAUUUGCUUCCUUCUAGAACCCAGACUGACCAGCAGAGGCCCUUUGCACAGAGGAGGGAAAUCCUGGCCAUCGAGCUUACCCACUCCAGCUCUUUCUGUGGGUGAGAUACUGGCUUGUAUUUCAAGAGAUCAGAUAAGUCACAAGUACCAAACAUUCCAAAGAGUGAGAAGUGAAGGGUGGCUGGGAGAAACACUUUCCAAGAAGGCACAUUUUCCCCUGGAAAUGGCUCUGGGAGUUAGUUGGAGAAGCAAUUUAACCCUCAGUUAUACAGUAUUUACACCAGAGGUGGUGGCAUGCGCCAGGGGCUAUCACAGUCUCCCCUUGACCUUCUAACUCCUUCUCUGUGACUACUCUUCCGUCUGAACUGGACACUUAGCCAAGGGCAAGCGCAUGUUGCCCUAACUUCCUUCUCCCCUGACCCCGGCCUCUACCCCAUGAUUCUGGAACAGCCGGGUGGAAAGCCGCUGCGGAGGGCUGCAGUAAGCAUUUGCUCUGCUUCACCCCCAUUGAGAAUCACAACCCAGAGAUUCGACUCCACAGCUGAGUGUCUGGAGGUUUCCAGAGACGGUUUUUACUUCAGAAAGUCCUGACUUCUGCUCUCCCAGCCCCCACCCACCCACACACAGACAUUCAGUGAGGGCUCAGCUCGGGGCCAGGCCCCAGGAUGGAGCAAGCUAGACAGACAGCUGGUCCCUGCAUUCAUCUUCCACACGAAGAGAAAGACACGGCCAGGCCAACAGGUGGCCAGACACUGGUGCUGAGUCCUUUCUGGGCAGUGAGG